AUGGCCACUUUCAAAUCAUUAGCUAUCUUUUUCUGUUUAAUUUGCGUAUUAAAUUCUCAAGUUAUUUUAAAUCCAAGAUUUGCCUACGCUGGAGCACCAGUUGUAGCAGCACCUGCACCAAUUGUUGCAGCACCAGCUAUUCCAGCUACAGUUCCAGGAAGUGAUGGAAAACAACCACUUGUAAAUAAUGGAAUUGGAUUAUUAACACAAUCUGCUCCUCUUGUUAAUGCCCCACGUGUUACUGCAAUUGCUGGAGUUCCAGCUGCCAUUCCAGUUGUUCCAGCUCCAGUUCCAGCCGCUAUUCCAGUUGCUCCAGCUCCAAUUCCAGCUGCUAUUCCAGUUGCUCCAGCUCCAGUUCCAGCAGCCGUUCCAUUUGCUUCAGUUCCAGCUGCCAUUCCAUUUGGUGCUAGAAUACCUGUUGCCGCUCCUGUUGCAGUUGCUGCUCCAGCUGUCAUUCCAGGAUAUGCUCCAUUUGCCAGAGCUGCUGUAGUUUACGGAUCAAACAAAAGUGCUUAA